AUGGAUGGUACUUUUGAUACCUCACCCGGUCAAUUUAAGCAAGUGUAUUUGUUUCAUGCUCAUAAAUUCGGUCAAGGAUUACCAGCUGCAUUUUGUCUUUUGCCAAACAAGCGUGGUAAAACAUAUACAACAUUAUUUGAACUACUAAAAGAUCAAGCAACUGCUAUGGGAAAACAAUUUAGUCCUCAACGUAUUGUAUCAGAUUAUGAACCCGCUAUGUUGCCUAUUGUUCAACAAGAAUUUCCUGGUUCAAUUCAUAAUGGAUGCAUGUUCCAUCUUCAUCAAGCAAUACACCGGAAAAUUAAAGAUUUAGGUUUAGCAACUGAAUAUUUACAUGAUGAAACAGUUCGUGAUCAAUGUCGGCAGCUGAUGGCGUUAAGUCUGCUGCCAAAAGAUCAAGUUGAGAGUCAAUUUCAACGCUUACAAACAACGACGUCACCAGCAUUAGGUGAAUUAUUAUUAUAUUUUAAACAUCAGUGGAUGUAUGGCGUUGUUCCGCUCGAAAUGUGGAACUUCCAUGAUGUCAUUCAUCGUACAAAUAAUACUUCUGAAGCUUAUAAUCUUCGAUUUGCAACUCGAUUAUCAAAAAAACACCCAAACAUCUGGAGUUUCAUUCAACCAAUUCAAAGUGAACAUGCUCGUUUUGUACAUAUUUUAGUUCAACUUGAAGCUGGUGCAUCUGCACCGAAACAAUCAAAAAAAACAACAGCUUUUCAAAUGAGAUUUGAUACUUUGCACAACAGAUAUCUGAAGAAGGAAAUCAACGCAACUGAACUUUUGUCAGGUUUAUCACUGUUAGUUGGAAAGAAAAAAAAUUAG